AUGCCCGUCCAUGAGCAGGAAGCCAAGUACGCUGCCAUUACCGCUCAGUAUGGUGCACCUGCAUACCGCAGUGGUCAGGACCUCAGCACGGCAACGUGCUUCAAUUGCCGGCAGUUAGGUCACCUGGCUGCCAGGUGCCCUUCACCCCGAGCUACGCGUCAGCGACUCCCAGACAACACGCAUCCCCAUGCCACGGCCAUGUCUUGCCUAGAGGGAUCACUCGUGCAGUGCGCCGUCAUUGAAGCUCAUGUAGCAGGUGUUGGAACUGUCGACGCCUUCCCAGACAGUGGCUCUAAGAUCACCAUAUUGACUGAAGACCUUGUCCCGUCAUCUGCCUUGACACCUUGGAAAAAGCCACCUCUCUCUGUCGUGGGAGGAGGUACAGGUAUGCCAGCAGGUACGCUGUCGACUUCCAUUUCACUUGGCCCCAUAUCUGCAGUUGUGGAUGUGACAGUGCUUCCCCGUAACCCCCUACCUCUGAUCCUCGGCGAAGACUGGUUUCAAGCUGCACAGGCAGAACUCAUCGUGAAGCCACCAAAGCCCACGGAAAUUCACCACCCAAGCACAAAUACAGCGCUCUUCUGUCUUCAGAAACUCUUCCCAAGAAUGGCCAAUGCCGUAUUUCUCCACAGCCAGCCCUUGUUUGCUUCAACUCAGUUCACUACUGGAGGACUACAGCUUGAACCCAUUCCUGAUAACAACCGACCGCCAUCGCUGUCACUGGCAUGCCAUGAAGCACUAUUUGAGAAAGGAGUCAAAGACAAGCCUGUGGAGUUGCCCCACUGUUCAGCCAGCUCCACAACAGACGAGACAAGUUCCCUACUGCGUGAAGCACAAAUUAGUCAACAACUCUCCAGCGAAGAGUCAACUGUCAGUCCCGACAGGGAGACACGAGAUGAAAGUCCAGAGAAACCAAGCCGAAGCCGGGAUGCGAAAACCAGCCGUAGCAGAGAGAAAAGGAGUCACAGCCGGGAGAAAAAGAGGAACCAUAGUCGUGCGAAAAACAGAAGCCUGAGCCCAGAGAAAAAGAGAAGCAAAAGUCGUGAGAGGAGAAUGAGCCGUAGCCGAGACAGAAGCCGCCGCAGCAAGGAGAGGAAAAGACGCAGGACCCGAAAGAAAGAACGAAGUCCCAGCCGUGAAAAGACGCGGAAUCGCCACCGUGAGAAGCGGAGUCACAGUAGAGACAAAAGGAGAAGCCGCAGCCGAGAAAAAAACCGAAGCAUAAGCCGAGAUGGGCGCAGGAGCCGUAGCAGAGACCAGAGGAGAAGCCGCGCCAGGAAGCGCCCAAGUCGAAUUCGAGACAGGCGGAGGAACCGAAACACAAGACCUCGCAGCAGGAGCCGUCCUCGACGAAGCUGGACCCGGGCCAUGCUGCUGCAGAGUAGGCGGAGUGCCGAACAGUUGCGGAACAAGAGCAACAAGAGCCCCAUAGUCCCAGUCGCCCGCGCCGUCAUAUUCGUGAGCCCAGAAGGUUUGACGACUACGACGUCUGACGCAGCCAGUUCUCACCUACGCCACUGCCACAAGCCCCGUCACCAGCCCCAUCCCUGUGCAGUUUUCAAGACUUUUUCAUGUGCCGAACAUUACGACCACGGGACUUGGUCGCCUAAGAGGGGGUGGGAUGUGAGGUGUCAGCCAUCCCACAGUGUCUAUCUCCCGUGUCUCCGGACAGAUGGCAGCACACAUCCGAUCCGCCUAGCGUGUCGAGCGCCCAGUGUCAGUCGCGGGUGUCGCGUGUGAGACGCUAGCAGAGUCAGCCAUGGACCGCCCGCGUUGCUAGUGUGAUGCGUUGUGCUGGUGUUCUUGUGUGAGUGUCGCCCUGUUUGGCCGCUGAGUUUCAUUUUUACCGUGUUAAUAAACAUGUAG